UGUGGAGAGACGCAAAGCUUCUUUUUGUCUCUUUCUUACGAAAACAAGACAACCCUGGAACCACUAAACCAGGAGAGAGCAUUUGGACAAACAGCCCUACUUGAAGGAUGCAGGACGGGAGUUGGAAUCAACCACUCCCCAUUUCUGUGCUGCUAAAGGACCCAGCAGCAGGUGGGACUUUGGAGGGCGAUGGGGGGGUGUUUUCUGAGGCCUCUUCAGAUGGGGAGCUUUACCUGGACUCAGUGACAGAGCUGGAUUCUGGAGAUGGAGACUUUCCAGAUCUUACUGCCUUCUUGAGUGCAGAAGAGAUCAAUCGUAGCCUGGACCUGGCCCGGGAGGCUUUUGGUGAGGCACAUGAAUCAGAAGAUCCAGGCCCUUCUAGUCUUACACAACAGGAGCAGGCUCUCCAGUUUGUCCCUUCUCUUCCAGUUCCCCCUCAAACUAAUGAAAACCUCAACACAACCCCAAUCUUGCACCACCAGACCAAAGUCCCCUUACCAGAUGACAGUGCAGCGGUUCCUGUUUCCUCCAGCCAGAACGCCCCCCUCAGCAAACCUUUACACCUGUCCUGUGAGGCUCCAUCCUCUGCUGAGAAGGUUGUCCGCCACAAACCCAUCCAGCCAGUGUAUAAACAGGAUAAACCCAGGCUGGUUCAUGAAGGGUUGGAGCUGAAUGACCGCACUUCUUCAGCUACAGAGUUCUGUAGCAGAGCUGCCACUUUCAUUGAGGAGCUGUCCUCCAUCUUCAAAGGUUCUGCUCAUUUGGAGCAACAGGUAGAGGAGGAUUCUUCUUCUCCUGAUAGUGGCUAUCUGUCUCCAAGAAGCCGGCGGCCAGUUCCUCAGGGCUCAGCAUCUGCUCCCUCCCUGCCUCCUGGCCAGCAAGGGGACAUACAGAAUAGCCAACCGGAGAUGGGCCCACAAUCAGGGGGCCCAGUGGAAGAGGCCAUUUCUAAAAGGCAACAACACUCUGGAGCUUCAACAAUCUCUGGACCACUGUCUCCCCCGAACUUCCUCCAGAAGCUGAAGAGUCAGGAAGUAGCAGAGGGGACCCCCAUUUGUCUGGAAUGCAGAGUGAUGGGAAACCCCCUGCCACUCGUUAGGUGGUUCUGUGAAGGUCGUGAGCUGCAAAAUUCCCCUGACAUACAAAUCUGGAGGGAGGGCGACCUGCACACGCUGGUGAUUGCUGAAGCCUUUGAGGACGACACGGGACGUUACACCUGCAUAGCUUCCAACAGCCUCGGAGCAGACAACACCUCAGCUGAGGUUUACAUUGAAGGGGCUUCAUCAUCAGACUCAGACGGAGACGGAGCAAAGUCCAGAUCAGGAACCAUGCCUCAAGGGCAGAAAAAGAGUACUUCAAUGUCCCUAACAAUACGAUCAUCAUCACCCAAAACCACUGAGGUUCUUCCUCAUCGCUCCACUCUGGUCCAGUCCAUGUCAAAGCCCCCACAGAGGAUGCAGAGCCCGGUGGCAUCACUGUAUGGCGGUGAGGUGUCAGGCCCUCCUCUCUUUACCAAGCUCUUGCAGGAUGCUCAGGCAUCAGAGGGCCAGGUGGUGGUUCUGGAGUGUAGGGUUCGUGGAAGCCCUCCCCUGCAGGUCGGAUGGUACCGCCAAGGAAACGAGAUCCUGGACUCCCCUGAUUUUCGCAUUCUCCAAAAAAAGCCUCGAUCUGCAGCUGAGUCAGAGGAAAUAUGUACCCUGGUGAUAGCUGAGGCCUUUCCAGAGGAUGGAGGUUUGUUCUGCUGCACAGCGUCCAACCCCUACGGCUCCAUCAGCAGCACAGCCCAACUCAUCGUUACUCCAGCAGCUGAGGACUCAUCCAGUAAUGGCGUGUCUGGUGAUAGCUCAGGGUUUGAGGAUCCAGCAUCCUUCCCUCCUCCCCCCCCACCACCCACUGAGAUCAGCCUCCUGGAGCUGCCACCUAAGAUGCUGCCUCAGCCCAGUUCGGAAGCGUUCCAUAUCAAAGAGCUGGAGAUCUGGCCUAGUGUGUCAGCUCUGCCUCCGGUGCAGAUUAGCUCUGAGGUGGAGAACAAGGACAAAGGGCAAGAAUCUCUACAGAACGGUCAACCCCCAAAUCCCCCCUCACCUCCAAACCUAACUAGAGAAAGCGCACUUCCACCACCACCUCCACCUCCAUCUCUGCUGCCAUUUGACACCAUAACAGAUGUCCCAGUCAGGCACCCAAGUCCUGCCCACAUAGCACCAGACUCACCUCCACCCCCAGGGAAGCUGUCUCCAUCCCCUGGGAAAGACGGGCCUCCGUUGCCUACCAAGCCCAAACCAAAGCUAGCUGAGAGUAUAGAGGAGAAGACAGAAAAUUUCAGGAACGCAGCCCAGCUGAAACAGCUGCAGGAUCAGAUUCUAUUGGAGCAGCAGGAAGCAGUCAUCUGGCAGCGAACACAACAGGAGCAGCAAAACCAGGAAAUCCCACCUCCACCUCAACAGCCACUCCAGGAAGUGCCUCCACCUGCUCCAUCUCCGCCUCUGCCCCCACCUCCCUCCUUCCAGGAGCUGGAGAGCAGCACAGCCAUGCAGGCCAGCACUUUCAACUACGCUCGGCCCAAGCAGUUCAUCGCUGCUCAGAGCCCCGGCGGGGCGGGCUACCUCGCCCAGUCCUCUGGCUCCUCUGGAUCCAGCCUGUCCUCCCCCCUUUCCCCUCCCAUCUCACACAAGCCCUUCAGUAGAGUCACCCUGCCCCCCUUUACCAAAGCUGGCAGCGUCGAAUCUCCAAGCUCCCCUUCCUUCCCACCGCCACCUCCGCCCUUCCUCAGCUCCAGCAACUUGUCCUCUCCAUCAGGCCCGGCCCAAGACUUUCCCCCACCUCCACCUCCUCCCCCUCCACCUGUCUCAAUGUCUCCAGCCCAAUCAGAUAUGUCCUCACCGUUCUCCUCAGUUCCCCCAUCUCCUGCCUCCAGCUUUCUGACCUCAGUGUUGCCCUCGACACCAUCCACACCCGGCAGUCCGACAGUCAACGCCCUGGGUCUUCCCAGGGGUAAUGGGACUGUCAAAGCAUUCCCCAGGAAGUCCUCGGUCACUAAGACACCUCGUAUCGCCUCUGACUCAGACAUCCAGGGAUCCAAAGACGCAGUCAUCCAGGAUUUGGAGAGAAAAUUGCGCUUUAAAGAGGAGCGCAUAAGCAAUGGUCAACAGAGGUUAACCUAUGAGGAGAAGAUGGCUCGCAGACUGCUGGGAGCUGACAACGCUGCCACAGUCUUAAACACACAGGAGACAGAGGAGGAGCCCGUCACACAGGAAAACAAGUCAGCCGAGACAGAAUCUUGUCCUCAAAAGGAGUACAAGGUUUCCAGCUUUGAGCAGCGCUUGAUCAGUGAGAUUGAAUUCCGUCUGGAGCGCUCUCCGGUGGAGGAGUCGGAUGACGACGUGCAGCAUGAUGAAGACUCCGCCGGACGAGGAGUGGCACCAUCCUUCGACCAGAAGCUCAAACAUUACAAAGUAUUUGAAGGAAUGCCAGUCACAUUCUCCUGCAAGGUUAAAGGAGACCCUAAGCCAAAGGUCUACUGGUUUAAAGAUGGCAAACAGAUCUCUAAGAGGAGCGAGCACUACAGGAUCAGCAGAGACCCCGAUGGGACCUGCUCUCUGCACACAGCUGCAGCCUCACUGGAUGAUGAUGGCAACUACACCAUCUUGGCAGGAAACCCAGAGGGCAGGGUGAGCUGCACAGGCAGGAUGAUGGUCCAGGCGGUGAACCAGCGAGGCCGCAGUCAGCGAUCAGCACCUGGACACAUGCGCAGGCCCAGGUCCAGGUCUAGAGACAGUGGCGAUGAGAACGACAACAUCCAAGAGCGUCACUUCCGCCCCCACUUCCUGCAGGCACCCGGUGACCUUAUUGUCCAGGAGGGCCGCCUGUGCCGGAUGGACUGCAAGGUGAGUGGCCUGCCUACUCCUGAUCUCAUCUGGCAGCUGAAUGGAGAGACCAUCCGCCCCGACUCUGCCCACAAGAUGCUGGUGAGAGAGAACGGCGUGCACUCACUGGUCAUCGAGCCUGUGACCAGCCGUGAUGCUGGCAUCUACACCUGCAUCGCCAGCAACAGAGCCGGACAGAACUCCUUUAACCUGGAGCUCAUUGUUGCAGCCAAAGAGAUGCACAAAGCCCCUUCGUUUGUGGAGAAGCUGCAGAACACAAGUGUUGCUGAGGGUCAUCCUGUUCGACUGGAGUGCCGAGUGACAGGGGUUCCCUACCCACAGAUCUUCUGGAAGAGGGAGAACGAGUCAUUCACUCACAACACAGACAGAAUCAGCAUGCACCAGGACAACUGCGGCUACCUGUGUAUGAUCAUCCAGCCGGCUUUGAAAGAAGACGCCGGCUGGUACACUGUGUCAGCCAAGAACGAUGCCGGCAUUGUAUCUAGCACUGCACGUCUUGACGUCCACACUCAGUGGCAGCAGCCUAAUCUCCCCAAACCCAAGAAAGUGCGCCCCUCUACCAGCCGCUACGCUGCGCUGACAGAGAGAGGGCUGGACGUCAAGGCCGCCUUCUUCCCAGACUCCAGCCCGCUGCAGCCUGGCGGUCUGGUGGAAAGUGACGACCUAUAAAGACCGCAGAGAUGCAGGAGGAUUUACCAAGUCAACCCCCAAAAAAAAGAAAAGUAAAAAAAAAAAAAAAAACUGAAAAGCUGUCCUUGAUCCCAGCACUCCUGAGACACACACUUAAAA